AAUUCAGUUCGAAUUUUGCGAUCCGAGGUGGAGCGUGUGCGGUUAGUCGAAGCAAUUCAAUCAAUUGUAACAGCAACGAAUCGGAAUAUUCAUAUAUAUAUAUACCAAUAGCUAUUAUCAGCGAUCAUCGACUUUACAACGUAAUUCAUCUAAAUCAAUUGAGCAGUGAUCUUUAUAGACUUUAUAGGUCAAUCAGAGCAAGCCCAAAAUGGCCCUGUCCAAGAUCGACACCGAGAUCGAGCAGGUUGACCAGGAGAAGUACCUGCGUCAGGCCACUAGCUACUAUCAGCCGCUGGAGAAACCCCUGAAAUACGGACCGGAGGUGAAUUCCCUAUCGGACUUGGUGGCCGCCCUUCACCGGGAAUUCGAGUCGAACUAUGUUAACAUCGAGAUGGUGAAUCACCUUAUGCUCAGCUACAAGUCCAAUCCGCGGGAGUGGCGCAAAUAUGCCAAGUUCGAUCGUUACACCUACACGCGGAAUCUCGUGGAUGCUGGCAAUGGAAAGUUCAAUCUGCUGAUUCUGUGCUGGGGCGAAGGACACGGCUCCUCGGUGCACGACCAUGCCGAUUCCCAUUGCUUCAUGAAGAUGCUGAAGGGUGAUCUGCGCGAGAAGCGCUACGAGUAUCCCAAUAGAUCUGCCAGGGACAACGGCCGGUCCCAUCAUCCCGAUGGCGAGAUCGAUAGCCGAGAGCUGGUGGAGAUUGGGGAGACACCAAUCGCCGUCAAUGAUGUGGCCUACAUAAAUGACAAUCUGGGUCUGCAUCGCGUGGAGAACCCCAGCCAUUCGGAUACCUCUGUCUCCCUUCACCUAUACUGUCCACCCUUCGACACGUGCUCCGUGUUCCAGGACAACCUGAAGAAGACCACCGCCAAGGUCACCUUCUGGAGCAAAUACGGCGUGAGGACGAAGCAGAACGAGCAGUAGAUCCAUCAAGAUCCUAAAAAUAUAGCCUCUCGUAUUGUUGCAUAAUACUAAGAAUCUUUAUUACUAGAUAUUUAAUGAGCUAGGGCCUAAGAAGAUCCGGGAGCUGAGCUAUCAAACAUGGCGAGCAAGGGCCACGUUGGCGCUGAUAAGUUCCCAUUCCAAUCCAUUGGCUAUCCCGGAUCACAGCAGCGAUUAGUGUACUUUAAGUGUUAGCUGUACCAAAAAUAUUCAAUAAAUAAGUGAACCAUUGAC